ACUACAGCAGCAGCAGCUACUACAGCAGCAGCAGCUACUACAGCAGCAGCAGCUACUACAGCAGCAGCAGCAGCUACUACAGCAGCAGCAGCAGCUACGACUACAGGAACUACAGAACGACCCAAAGAGCCAUGGACCCCAGCUCUCUGUCCCAGGAGCCCGGGCUCGCCCAGCGCCACCUCUCGCUGAGUCUGCGCGUCGACUUCUCCUCGCACGUCCUGCGUGGGGUCGCCUCUCUGCGCCUGCUCGCCCUGAGUUCCGCCACCUCGCUGGUGCUGGACACGCGUGACCUGAAGAUCCUCAAGGUGACGUCCAGCAAUGGCCCCGCGACCUUUGCCGUGGGAGCGGCGCACAAGACGCUGGGCUCGGCGCUCGAGAUCACGCUCCCUUCGCCCGUGGAGAAGGGGCAGGAGGUAACCGUGGACGUGGAGUACGAGACUGCGCCGGGUGCCUCGGCCCUGCAGUGGCUCACGCCCGAGCAGACCGCGGGGAAGCAGCACCCCUACCUGUUCAGCCAGUGCCAGGCAAUUCACUGCCGGAGCAUGGUCCCUUGCCAGGACACCCCGUCGCUAAAGUUCACCUACGAUGCCAAGGUGUCUGUGCCCAAGUCACUGGUGGCUCUGAUGAGUGCCCUGUGCGAUGGCAGUGAGCCCGACCCCACCAAUGGAGAGUUCACCGUCCACAAGUUUAAGCAGCCCGUGCAGAUACCCAGCUAUCUCAUCGCCCUGGUGGUCGGAGCCCUGGAGAGCAGGGAAAUAGGCCCGAGGACCAAGGUGUGGUCUGAGAAGGAGUUUGUGGAGCAGGCUGCUUCGGAAUUUUCUGAGACGGAGACGAUGCUGACGACGGCGGAGGAGCUGGUGGGGCCGUACGUGUGGGGCCGCUACGACCUGCUCGUGCUGCCGCCCUCCUUCCCGUACGGCGGCAUGGAGAACCCGUGCCUCACCUUCGUCACGCCCACCCUGCUGGCUGGAGAUAAGUCGUUGGCUGGAGUGGUUGCCCAUGAGAUCUCUCACAGCUGGACUGGCAAUCUGGUGACCAACAAAACUUGGGAGCAUUUCUGGCUCAACGAAGGACACACGGUCUACUUGGAGCGCAUGAUCGCCGGCAAGAUGUUUGGAGAGAAGACCAGGCAGUUCUUCGCCAUCGGGGGCUGGAAAUCCCUCCAGGAGUCGGUGGACACGUUUGGGCCGGAGCACGGCUUCACCAAGCUCGUGCCGGUGCUGGACGGCGUCGACCCGGACGACUCCUUCUCCACCGUGCCCUACGAGAAGGGCUUCGCUCUGCUCUACCACCUGGAGCAGGCGCUCGGCGGGCCCGAUGUCUUCAUUGGCUUUGUGAAGGCUUACAUUGAAAAGUUUGCCUACAGCACUGCCACAACGGAGGAGUGGAAGGCGUACCUCUUCGAGUACUUCAAAGACAAGGCCGAUGUUCUCCAAGCUGUGGAUUGGAAGGCAUGGAUUUAUUCUCCAGGAAUGCCGCCUGUGAAACUCCAAUACGACACCACCCUUGCAGAUGAUUGCUCUGCGCUGGCGACACGUUGGAGCCAGGCAAAAGACGCCGAUCUGGCCUCUUUCAGUGCUGACGACUUGAAGGACUUCUCCUCCAAUCAGAAAGUAGAAUUCCUGGCACUUCUUUUACUGCAGCCCGCGCUGCCCGUUAAGAGCUUGCAGCGAAUGGAGGAGGUGUACAAGCUGAACUCCGUCAAGAACUCGGAGAUCAGAUUCAGGUGGCUCCGCCUGGGCCUGCGCGCGCGCUGGGAGGAGGCCAUCCCGCUGGCACUGCGGAUGGCAACCGAGCAGGGCCGCAUGAAGUUCACUCGCCCUCUGUUCAGGGACCUGUUUGCGUACGACGCCGCCCGUGGGAGAGCCAUCGCGGCGUUCCAGGCGGCGCGGGCGAGCAUGCACCCAGUCACCGGCACGCUGGUCGCCAAGGACCUCAAUCUCUUGGUGCCCAACUGAGACCUCGCGCACGCACGCACGCACGCACGCACUCACACGCACGCACUCACACGCACGCACUCACACGCAAAGAUCCCCUUCGUAGCCUUCACAGAAUGUUGGGGCAAGUGCUGUAAGGGAGUAGCACCUA